CCUUAUUCGUUUCAAAAACAAUUUUUUUUUAAAACCACGUCCGUUCGUCAGCUUCUCCCGCCAUUCAGAAAAUCGAACAAAACUGUUUCGUGAUUUUUCUUUAUUGUUCUGAAACAGAGGCAACUCGGUACUUUUUUCGUUCAAUCGCGGACUUCGCCCACAUCUUGUACUGCACGAUUCGCAAGUGUUUUCUGUUUUUUGUUUGCAAAAAAAAAAAAAAAAAAACACAAAUCCAGUUAAUGGUUACCAGUUGGGAUUUUCAAAUACCCUUAGUGAAAACGAUAUCCAUAACUGAAGAGAGGGGGAGAGAGAGAAAAAACAAAAAAAACAUUAAAGAAACAAGAAAUAGUAUACAUAUCAUGUGCCGGACUCGUUAGGUUACAAAAGGUGCAUUCGAACCGUUCAAACCAGUUUCGACAGUUAACUAACCGUGACGAUCAGAUAUCGACUGAAGAAAAUGGAAGAAUUCGGAGCGGCUAGCAUUGUCCAUUACAACAACAUCCAACAACAUCAUUCGGCUAGCCUCAGUAAUAACAACAUGCAAACCGGAUUCGAGUUCAAUUCACCGCCUUUACCACCGUCACCUUCGUCUUCGGCAGCCAUGUCAGGUGGCAAUUAUCUCGGCCAGUCAAGAUUGGCCGUCUAUUACAACAACCGGCCCGUCAACCAACAACAGCAACAACAAUCGCAAUUCAACGGUUACGCGAUGGGAGGGCGGAAUCACGUCCAACAGCCGCAACAUCACCCGAAUCCUCAACAGCUUCAGCUUCAUCACCACCAGCAAGGACCAGCCAGUUAUCUCGGUCAACAUCACCAGAUGAUGGGCCAGGAUCAGAUGUGCUGGAAUCAAACAGCCGGACUGAUGAUGCCCAACGUGGCGGCCGUCAAAGGUGGCAGUGGCAAUAUCAGCAGCAAGCAAGCGGCCGCCAACGAGAAGAAGGCCCGAGAGCAGCGCGUCCGUCGGCCGAUGAACGCGUUCAUGGUCUGGGCCAAAGUCGAGCGCAAACGGCUGGCCGACGAGAAUCCCGACCUACACAACGCCGACCUCAGCAAAAUGCUCGGUAAGAAAUGGAAAGGCCUGACACCGCAAGACAGACGGCCGUACGUCGAGGAAGCGGAGAGACUGCGCGUGAUCCACCUGCAGGAACACCCCAACUACAAGUACCGGCCAAGGAGACGCAAGCAGGUCAAGCGCGGCGGGACGGCGACGGCCACACCGGCAGUCACGGCGGGUGGCAAGAAGAGUGUCGAAGUGGAACUGAAUUCUGUUGUCGAUCGACCGUCCAGCACAACGGCAAAGAUACCCCAUGAUGUCUGUUACGGUCGGCAGCCCGUUUCCUCCGGUAGCCACGCAUUCCAGCCGCAUCGCGAACUGUGCAAUGGUGGACUCCAGACGCCGGACUCAUCCCCACAGGGCAGUCCUGAACCUUACAUGGUUAUCUCCAAGAUAGAUGCCAAAGGUCAUUCCAAAUCCAACACUAUCCAUCCGUCCAAUUGCCUGGGCUCUCUCCCGACUCCCGAGAUGUCUCCGAUGGAGCAAGAUGAGUUGCAGCAUCCUGAGGAACUUCAGCGACAGCAUCAGCUUCAGCAACAUCAACGCCAGCAACAACAGCAAUCACAACAACAGCAAAACGGGGCUGUUUUCCAACUGGUGCACAAGUUCUCGUCGGCUUCGGCCUUCCUUCGGAGCGUGUCGCACCCCUACCGUCCGACCAUGAUGGGCGGAGGAGUCCAUCCCCACCAGCAGCAACCGGAGAACAGCGGCGGAAACCAUCCGUACGGUGGUGGGACGCAAUUCUUUAACUCGAGCCAAGCAAGUCAGCCGACCGGUGGCUCUUUCUACAACCCCGCCCAGUCUUACAUGACCAACAACGGUUACCCCAACGAACCCUGCUCCGAUUACAACCGCGAUUACCAUCGAUGCGAAAACGGAUCAAAUAAUAACCAAGGGGGAAUGGGCGAACAUUAUCUGCCCUCUGUGGUGCCAGAAGAGUUCAUUGACGGGGAUAUUGAUCGAUCAGAGUUCGACAAAUACCUCAGCGGGUACGGAGCGAAUCACGCGACCAGUGUCAACUGCUCUUUCUACGGAGGUGUCGGCAACGUUGGCAUGGGUCACGUUAGCAAUAACAUGAACGACGGCCAGUCGACAGCGGAACAAUUUGACGGCCACAAAGAGAACGGCGCCGGCCUUCAUACUAACGACUACAUUUUGAUGAAAUCGGAGCCAAUCUACGAAACCAUUCCAGCAGCAGGCUCUAGUCUCAGUUCCGCUCUGGCUGACGUGCGCUCCGUCUAUUACGAUUGUUGAAUUCCACCGAAAUCUGCCGAUUGUUGAGCAAAAUCCUAUCUUAGUUGUACAGUACGUGCAGCUAGGCACGAAAACAGUUCAAUUUAUACAGUACUUCAAAUUUCCUAAACCACCUUUAAAGAGGUCCUUUGACGACGUCCCAGUUGUGCGCUGUUUGAGCGCUGUAAUCCGUAGUUCGAGCAAAUGUAUUUGUUUAAUGCACUUCUGUAACUUUACGAGGAUGUGUAGCCCCUAUUCGAAUAUUUUCUAGGAUAUGAUUAUACAUCAUUUGAGUUUGAUGGCCGCCUUUCAUCUUUAUUUUUCACCCAUUCAUUCUGUCUUGUAACGUAAUAAUUAAAAAAAAAAGAACAAAUAUUGUUCAACUGUACAUUUACUUCCUGCGUUUUUCAACAUCGGUUUAAGACUCGCUGUAGAAUCGUCUAUUUUUCAUUGGAUUUGAUUGAAGUCUUUGGUUGGGAAAGUUUCGGCGCUGUACAAGACAAUGACGCAAUGGCAAUAGCAUGAUGGACGAAAAAAUUUCCCCAAUAAGAUUUGAAGUGCAUAAUAAGAAAAUGAAGAAAUUGAUCACCAACGGAUUUAGUU